UUUUGUUCUUCUUUUUUUUUUUCUUCCAUUAUUAAACUUAAGAAUUGCCGGCGUGCUUUAAAGAAAAAAAUAUUAUCAUAAAAAAUGCUUCCAGCCGAAGACGUGAUGCCAUGUCGCGUCUCUGACGUUUGACACAUUUGUUUUUCUUUUUUUUACGGAAAAAGAACAAGAAAAAAAGAAACUGGAGAAAUUGGACCAAAAAAAGAAGAAGAAGCAAAAGUCACAGGAGUUCUCUUAAGCCUUUUUUUAUUUCCUCUCUGCUGCUUUUUUUUUUGUUUGUUUGUUUGUUUGUUUUUUUUUUUGUGUCAUUUUAUUGGACUCCGAGCAAACCAGACCGACCGUCCAGAUGCAGUUUCGACUCUUCUCAUUUGCCCUGAUCGUCUUGAACUGUAUGGAGUACAGCAACUGUCAGGCGCCGUCGCACCGCUGGAGGAGGAACAAGAGAGCUAGCUAUGGAGCGUACCCCAUCUGUAAAGGCUGCUCAGUGUGCUCCAGGGAUAACGGCUGCGUGAACUGCCAGCCCAAACUCUUCCUGUUCUUGCGAAGGGAGAGGAUGCGGCAGUACGGCGAGUGUCUUCACGACUGUCCAGCCGGAUACUACGGCAUGCGCAGCCCUGAAAUCAACAUGUGCUCCAGGUGCAGGAUAGACAACUGCGAGUCCUGCUUCAGCAAAGACUUCUGCACCAAGUGCAAAUCUGGUUUUUACCUGCACAAAGGGCGCUGCUUUGAUAAGUGCCCCGAGGGCUUCGCCCCGCUGGAAGACACAAUGGAGUGUGGAGAGGGCUGCGAGGUGGGCCAGUGGAGCGAGUGGGGAGCCUGCACCAGGAGAAACAAAACCUGUGGCUAUAAGUGGGGCCUGGAGACCCGGACGCGGCACAUUGUUAAGAAACCCCCCAAGGACACAAUACCGUGUCCCACCAUUGCCGAGUCCAGGAUGUGCAAAAUGGCCAUGAGACACUGCAGGAGAGGUAAUUCAGGGAAGCACCGAUCCAAAGAGCCAAAGAAGAAGAACAAGCAGAGGCUGCGGUUUCGGGCCCAGAACCAGCACAGCGACCACUUGGCCUCUGUGCGCUCCAGCCAGUAAGGACUGAAACCUCCCAGUGAACACAGAAACCAACGCAAAGCUGCUAGCCGCCGCUGCACCGUACUCUGACUGACAACUUUCACCCACCACACCCCGUCCCGCUGCCCUCCUCCCCACUCGCCUCCCAUUCCUCCUUCUCUCCGCCCACCAGGACGCAAACACCGCCCCCACCCCACCGACGACCCCCACAGAUAUCUGUACCUGCGCACGCUCUGCUUCCACCCCGCCCGCCCGACCCCGCCGCCCCUCCCGUUGCUGCGACCGGCUGAGGUGACUCUAUUUUCUCCCAGCGCCAUUCCCCCUUUCUUCGCCUUGUGGACCUUCACAGUUGACAGAACUGAACUCACUCCCCGUCAUUAACGAGCGACGCGGACCGCACGGGGGGGCGAUGGAAGACGGAGGAGAACUCGGAGGGCGGGAGAGCCAGAGGGGCGGCAGGAAAAAGAGGAGGACGGAGUCAGGGGAGUUGGCGAGCUGGACUGCACCAGAGGGAAGGGAUGUGACAAAAAUCCAUCCAGGACGAAGACGCAGAGAAGGUUCGGUUGAAGCAAAUGAUGCUAAUGGACUGAAGAAGAAGAAGAUAAAGAAGAAGAAGAAGAAGAAAAAAAGGCAUCUUGAAACAAAAGAGACUGGUUGUUUUUUUUUUUUGUUCAUAUAUUUAUGUCAAAGCUACCCCUCUCCUUCCUUCCCUCUAAAUGGAAACAGAGUUUUCCCAUGUGUGGCCUUUUAUGUUAUGUAUAUUUUCCAGAGUAAUAUUAAGAAGAAGAAGAAAAAAAACUCCAAUGCAUAGUUGCGAAAUAUUUUAUUCUCAGCACAAACUGUUUACGUUCAGACCGCUUAAUGCUGUAUCUGUAUAGUGUCAGUUCAUUAAAGAAAAGAAGAUUUAGUUGUUCAACUAGCAUGGCAACAGACUUGUACAUAGUUGAUCUAAUUAUAAAAGCCUAUUACUGUAUUUUCAGUAUUGAGUCAGUCACCAUUCUAAAUGUUUUAGAAAUAAUAAUAAUAAUAAUAAUAAAAAAAUGGUUGUAAUACAAGCUACAGAUUAAAAUAAUAAAAAACAUAAUAAACUUAGCCACCUCAUAGCAAUUUCAUUCAUAUGGUAUAUAUUUGAUUUAUUUAUUAAUUCAGUUUUGUACUUUUUUUUUCUUUUUUCUUUUUGUUCAGUGAGAAAUUUUGCCUCACGCUGUCGGUGUUUUUCUGAGAUAUCCUCUCCUUAUAUCGGUGCAUAUCUCUGUCAUGCAAGUGUUGUAGGCUGUUCGUUUGACCUCAUCUACUGAUUUUGAUGCUUCAUAAAAGGAGAAAAAAAUGAAACUAUGCUUUGAUGUAUUCUAGGUUUAAUAAUUAGGCUCCAGCUAAUGUAUGGUCAUAGGACUGCAUAUGUGUACGUUGUGUUUUAUUAAAACUGCAUUUCAUGUGA